GGGGCAUUCGGCCCGUUGUUACUGUGCUUCCCCCACAAUCUACCCCGCGGCCUCCUCAUCCAUCGCCCCUGAUGGCGGCUCGCUGAGUGCCGAACAAAAGUGCAACCAGUGGGUCCUAGGAGGGUAAACCAGGCACAGUUUGACACGGGGUCUCUCAAAGUGCAGACCAAGAAUCCAGAAAGAAGUCUCGGACAGAGCUCCAAGGACUUGGACAAACACAAAGUGCUGGAGUAACUCAGCAGGUCAGGCAGCAUCUCUGGAGAAAAGGAACAGGUGACGUUUCGGGUCGAGACCCCUCAUCAGACUCCAAGGAUUGGAUCUUGCAGGUGAAGGCACGACCGCCACUGGUUGAUCUCAAGAGUCGCUGAUGGCCGUGCUGCCAGUCAACCAGCCUCAUUUCAUUCGUUCCAACCAGAAGGAUGAGUACUACCUAGGCUCCCUACGGAGCUGUGCCAAUGACGUCUUCCAGAUCUUUGCUGGUGCGAGGCGAUGGCUGGAAUGGAGGAAGGAGGUCGAGUUACUGGUGGAGUUGGCGUACUUUUCUCUAACUACAUUUGCAGGUUUUCAGACACUGGGUGAGGAGUACGUUAACAUUGUCCAGGUGGACUCCAGUGGGCGGCGGGUGCCUUCCCGAGGCAGACGGGCCACUCUCAUCAUCCUUCACACCUGUGUUCCUUACCUGCUGGACCGAGGACUCGUCCGCCUGGAGCUGCACCUGCAGACCGCCAGCGAGGGGUUCCGUCCGCAGGACACCCGAUGGCUCCCAGCACGAUCGAGAGUCUCCCAGCGGCUGCAGAGCGCCGUCAGUAGGCUGAGCGAUCAGCAGAGGAAAGCGCUACUCCAGGCCAUCUACCUCCUGCGACAGGUGGUCUCCUUCCUCCACCGCCUGCACCUCGGCAUCUUCUACCUCAACGGUUCCUACUACCACAUUGCCAAAAGAUUCACCAGCAUCUCCUAUCUGUGCGUGCGUGGCUUGUUCUGCGACAGUGCUGCAAUCCGGUGGAGUUACGAGUUGUUGGGGAAGGUGUCGUUGCUGCAGCUGGUACUGAUGCUCAUCAUGCAGGUGAACAGUCACAGGCAGCGGCAGCGUGCCAGGCAGGAGUGGAAACUUCACCGCAACCUUCCCUGCUCGAGAAAUUCCUCGCAGGACCUCCCAGUCCACAACUCCCGUUGUAUACUGUGUUUGGAAGAACGACGGCACUCGACAGCGACGCCUUGCGGCCACCUCUUCUGUUGGGAGUGCAUCACGGAAUGGUGCAACACAAAGGCAGAAUGUCCUCUUUGCCGGGAGAUGUUCCAGCCCCAACGACUAAUCUACUUGCGACAUUACGUUUAGGAUGACAGAACUGGCAUUUCUAGACCAAUUGUUGUUGGCUGCCAAAUGCUCCACCAACCACAAGUAUCUUGUUAUAGAACUACCCUGCCAGCAGUUCAUAUUGAGUGAUGCCAACCUUCACCUUGGAAGAAUUAGUUUGGGGGCACUGUCCAUUCUAGGUCAUGUGAAAUAGUCAAUCGACAUGAACAAACAGGCCUAAUAAUAUCUCUCCGCAGUUAUCCCAAGAACACUUGUGCUCUGGGUGCCACAUUAAGUCGUGAACAAGUCUGUAAUUAAGCACAAUAACUUUCUCCUUGUCUUGUCAUCGGCUCCCCAGGAUGGAAUUGGGGAAAGAGGUCAUGCAUCUAAAACCAUUAGACUGUGCUGACCAGAAGUGCAUGAGAUGGAUGGGGAGAAGUGCAAAAGCUUCCACCAAUUUUGAUUAUUAAGAAGCUGCCUAAUGAUGUAAAUAAUAAACACAGUUGUGUGAUCAGGCCAGUUGUUUUAUUUGAUUCAUUUUCCCCAGAGUGAAGAGGGCUGAAGAAACGGCAUUACAAAUAAUUAUUUUGUUCACCUUUAUUACAAAAACAAAUGCAACAUUAACGUGUGAUGCAGAAUCAGGAGUUUGUAAAACUCAGCACAAGGUGUCUUUAGUUGAGGAAAGGCAGAUAUAUAUGACUGAUGUUCUGGAUCAGUGCUACCAUGUUUGAUAGAAGGCAGCAUGUCCCAUUUGCACAAUUUCUGAUGACUGGCUUUCAUAGAAAAUUCUACAAAUUGCAUGUGCUUUCUCUCAAUUUCAUUUUAAAGCAUUAACCUUGUAAAUAUCGUGUAUAGAUUACACUAUAGGAAUAAGCAUAGAGCCAAAAAUGAUUGCACAAUGUCUCUUGUGCUUUGUUCUAAACUUAUCCUUCCAAUUACUACUGCCAGUUGAAGCCUCUGGAUUUGUAACCACAACAUUACCCUUGACCACAAAGCUCCAUGAAUAGUCAGAAACUUAAAUGUACAGGUAGUUCUGCUAAUAACACGAUAGUUGAAUUCCAAGGAAACCUUGGAAUUGAGAAUGAUGUCAAAGUGGGUGAGAGGCUAGGGAGUAUCAGACUUGCAGUAGCAAAGUUAUUUUUCCUGUAGAAUUUUCAAAAAUAAGUCUGAUAACUAAGUUUUGUUACUGCAAGUU